AUGUCUGAACUUGCGCAUGAAUUUAGAGAACCCGUGACUCUGGCAAUUAUCGGUGGUACAGGCUUGUACAGACUUCAGGCAUUAAAGCCGAUUGCUAAGCUCAGCGUUUCCACCCCAUGGGGCAUGCCUUCAUCCCAAAUCACCAUUGCCAGAACCAAAACUGGAUUUCCAAUAGCCUUUUUGACAAGGCAUGGCCCUCACCACGAUCUCCAGCCAUCUGAUAUACCUUAUAGGGCCAAUAUUGCUGCUCUCAAGAAGAUCGGUGUUAAGGUUAUCCUUGCUUUCAGCGCCGUUGGCUCAUUGCAAGAGCACAUUAAACCACGUGACUUUGUUAUUCCAAACCAGAUUAUCGAUCGUACUAAAGGUAUUAGAAAAUCCACCUUUUUUGAGAGAGGCUUUGUGGCUCAUGCAGGCUUUGGUGAGCCAUUUGACCCUAAACUUAACAAGAUUAUCGGUAACCACUGCUCUGACAUCUUGGAAGGAGAUGGUGUUAGAUUACAUACCAAGGAGACCGAGAAAAGAGAUGUCACUUUAGUCUGCAUGGAAGGUCCAGCAUUUUCUACUAGAGCGGAGUCACAACUCUACAAAUCUUGGGGAGGUGCUGUUAUAAACAUGUCCUGUAUCCCAGAAGCCAAGUUGGCUAGAGAAGCAGAGAUCGCUUACCAAAUGAUCUGCAUGUCCACAGACUAUGACGCCUGGAAUGAGUCCGAAGAGCCUGUGACCGUGGAGCAAGUUGUUGGUAACUUACAGGCGAAUAGUGAUAACGCUCAUAAAGUGGCCGAGAAACUUAUCCAGAUCUUGGAACCUAAAAUUGCAUCUGGUGAGGUCGGUAGCGAUCUUUCCGGAAGCAUGAAAUUUUCUGUUAGUACAAAACCUCCUGCCAGAGAUAGACGUGCCAAUAUUAGGAUGCACUACUUAUUCCCUAAUUAUUGGCCGUUGGAGUAG